AUGUCUCUCUCCCACCUUCCAUCCAUGUCUCUCUCCCACCUUCCAUCCAUGUCUCUCUACCCUCCCAUCCAUAUCUCCCUCUCCCCUCUUCCAUCCAUGUCUCUCUCCCCCCUUCCAUCCAUGUCUCUGUUCCCCUCCAUCCAUGUCUCCCUCUACCCUCUUCCAUCCAUGUCUCAUUAUCCCCUCUUCCAUCCAUGUCUCCCUCUCCCCUCUUCCAUCCGUGUCUCAUUAUCCCUUCUUCCAUCCAUGUCUCAUUCUCCCCUCUUCCAUCCAUGUCUCUCUACCCUCCCAUCCAUAUUUCUCUCCCAUACAUGUCUCCCUCUUCCAUGUCUCCUUCUCCCCUCUUCCAUCCAUGUCUCAUUAUCCCCUCGUCCAUCCAUGUCUCAUUAUCCCCUUUUCCAUCCAUGUCUCUCUACCUUCCCAUUCAGGGACGUUUUAGCCGCGAGGCAAACAAUUGGGCGGCAUUUUCCGGGAGGCGGUUAAAAAAAGCCGCCCCCAAAUGCCCAGGGCAAAUGCCUUGUUAGCCUUGCAGCUAACUGACAUGCUCAGCUCCCUCGCAAGCCGCCUGCAGAGUGAUGCCAGGAGCCGGAAUAUGAUGCGUGAGGAAGCUGAGCAGAGAGCUCAGGGGAAAGUGCUCCCUCGCCAGCGCCACCCGUCUGCCCAGCAGCCACAGGACCCCCAGGGAGAAAGAGAACUCCUCCCCAGCAUUCCCAAAAGAAAGGAGGCUGGGGGGAUUAAAUAAAAAAAAAAAAGUGAGUGUGUUAAUGUGAGUGAGUGUCUGACUGUGUGUGUCUGACUGUGUGUGUCUCUUAGUGAGUGUGUGUGUCUGUGAGUGUGUGUCUGCGUGUGUCUGUUAGUGAAUGUGUGUGUGUGUGUCUGUUAGUGAGUGUGUGUGUGUCUGUGAGUGCGUGUCUGUUAGUGAGGGUGUGUGCCUGUUAGUGUGUGUGUUUCUGUUAGCUAGUGUAUGUGUAUCUGCCAGUGAAUGUGUGUGUGUGUGUAUUUAGAAGGCGGGGCAGGGGGCACGGGCGCCUGAGUUUUGUCCAGCCUAGGGCAGCACAAAACCAGGAUGCACCACUGCUGCCAUCCAUGUCUCCCUGUCCCCGCUUCCAUCCAUGUUUCCCUUCCUCCCAUAUCUCUCUAAAUUGUUGAAAAAAAUGUCCAACCACACCAUGACAGAAAAUAAAUAUCACACAAGCACACACAGGUUUAAACACUCUAAUUAGGUGUGAGGAUUUAUGCCAUGUUUUUUCUAUCACAGUGUAGUUGUAUGCGUUCCUAAUUUAAGACUUGCCAAAUUAGGCCAGGAUCAUAACCCUCUGGCUCUCCAAAACUAAUUACUACAACUUGAGAUUGAUGUCAUUAAAAGUAGAUACUUGCUAUGGGAAGGCCAGGAUUUAACCUUUCUUGUGCCCCAUGGCCAUUUUUCUCAAUGCACCACCCCAGCCUCUCAUACAUAUGAAUUCAGUAUUUGCUGUUUAUUGAUAUGUCACAGAGUACCACAAUGAUAAAACUGAUAGUAAUGUAAAGAGUGUAUGAAAGUACAUAGAGCCCCUCAGCAAUACAAGUCAAUGUACUGCAAUGCAAUACAAUGCACAGUGUUUGUGUAUCACAGAGCUCCACAGCCAUGAUACACAUUUAUGUGUAGAAUGUAGAAGUGUAUCACAGAGCUCCAAAGCCAUAAAACACACAGUUUUGUGCAGAAUGUAGAAAUGUAUCACAGAUUUCCUCUGAGUGUGACGUGAAUAGGAUGCAUAUGCGUCUGCUGUGUGUACGGUUGGCUUAGUGGGUGGAGUGUAUAUGCAUGGUUUUUGGCUGAAUGUGAUCUUGUGUGGUGGUUGACUGAGUUUGGUGUAUAUAUGGGAUUAGCUGAGUGCGAUGUUUUGUGGGGAGACUGUAUUGUAUCUUCAGUUAACCCUCCCACUUAUGUUUCUGUCGGGGGAGGGAUAUACUUGAUUUUGGACUAGCAGAGGGAUACUUACUGGUAGUCUCGUGAGUGCUGUGACAGGCUCCCUGAUAGUCCAGUUAGGGUGCCAACUCCAGCGGGUGCAGAACAGGCUUUUUCCAGUCAGUUAGUCAUUGGAUGACACAGAGAGUAGCAUGGUAGAGCUGCAGUGCUCAGACUCAUUAACUGAUCUCCAGGGUCACCUAAAGUGGUCUGUACCUUCCAGAGGUGUCAACCAGAUGCUCCAUAACUGCAGUGCUACCCCUCUCUCACCUUUUUCCCUUAGGCCAUGGCCUUGGUAGCCUUGUGCGAAAUCUGACCAUUUUGUUUUUACAAAGACCCCACGAUAUGAUGUCUGUUUACAAGGUAAGGCCUAGGUGUUGCAAUCUGCAUGCGGGUAGGAUAACUGGCAAGUGCACACAAUAAUGGAAGAACACACACCACACAUGUUUAGCACUUUACACUCAACAGGGCAACAACUUUAUUGUACCACAAGCAAAGAAAACUUUCAGGACAUUUUAUGAUUAUAUCCCCAACAACCCCACUUGUUCUCACACAGACUUUUGAAAGAAUUCUUUUUUACAUUUCCCAACAAAUAACUCACAAACUUUUAUCAUUUGAACUUGGUUGCGGGAUUACUCAUGAUAUCUGCUAUCAUCCUGUUGGUUGGGCAGCAAUCAAGGACCAUGGCAACUUCAUUAAUCACAGAUCAGUUGAAGUGGUAUUUUAUAUAAAACUGGAUUCCUUGAAAGAACUAUUGCUCCCUGAUUAUCCCCCAAAACUUGCAAUGGUUUAUAUAGACAAUGAUUGUCCAUUCCCCUGAAUAACUGUACCAGGUACAAACUUGUGUAGUUGCAGCUAAAGCCUUGGGCAGACUGGGGACAAGUAACUGGGCAGUUUUAAGUGACUCAGCUGUUGCUGGGGGACAGGAGCUAUGAGAAUUGGUGGCUGGCAGUGAGCCAGCAAAGCGUGGGAAAACAGGUAAGGAUAAAUUGAGCUGAGCAGGUUAAUUCCCUGUCAGCUGUUAUUGACAGGACGGGAGAAGCUUGGACGGACCCACCCGCCCUACCCUAUUUGUUUAACUUUUGUAUAAGUAUAGUCGUGGUGUUUGAAGCUUGGGGGCAAAUUCAUCAUCAGGUGCAAGUUCUGAGGAAGGAUAUAUGGUAUUUUUGGUGGUAUAUAAAAGGCGGUCAGGUCUGCUAUGUCUGACUGGCAAUUAAGUGGUGGUGAAAGUGAAAGACUGGCCUGGACAUAACGUAAUGCUGUUUCAACACAGUUAAAAGGAACUUUGUAUUUUGUAACCUUAAGAAGUAAACAGGAGGAAUACUUAUCUACAGUUUAAUUUGUGAGCUGUGUACAAGGGUAACAAGAACAAUGGUUUAUUACAUAAUGGAACUUUACAAUCCGAGAAACUUAAACUCACAGAGCUUCAAAGGGGUAUACAAACUAUGCAAUUGGCAGAGUGUUUGUCAGCCAUACGAACCCAAAGUCUGAGGUUGCUUCCAUAUUUUCAGGAUAUUAGAAAUUAAAUGAAUCUAUUGGAAUCAUGCAUGAUACACAAAUGUAAACUAAAUGUGUGAUUGCUACAGUAAUGUCUAUAACUGCAUCCUUGACUGAUUUAGGGGUAAAAGGUAAUAUAGAUAUACUAAUAUAAUUAGAUUCUAUUUUUCUUUGUAAAGAUGAAUGUAUCAAUCAGUUAAUCAUACAGGUUAGAUUGAUACAGGAUAUAGACAUAUUGCAUGAUGAUUAAUAUAACCAACCCUGUUUCAAUCAAAGAAUAUACAUAACCAAAGAUAGAUAUUUAACGUUAUUUGAAAUAUCCCCAGUAUAGGUGAAUUAAAGGUCAAUUCAUUUAUUUCACCAGGUCAUCAAUGAUCUAAUCAUAUUUCUUAUUUCCCUAGCCUGGAAUAGCCCUAUCCCACAUAUUUCUUAUUUCCCUAGCCUGGAAUAGCCCUAUCCCACAUAUUUCUUAUUUCCCUAGCCUGGAAUAGCCCUAUCCCACAUAUUUCUUAUUUCCCUAGCAUGGAAUAGCCCUAUCCCACAUAUUUCUUAUUUCCCUAGCCUGGAAUAGCCCUAUCCCAUACACAUGUUGAAUUGAAGAUAGGAGGAAAUCUUCGGGCAUAUCCUAUAUUGCUAAGGGACGUUAUUUCUUAUUUUUUCAUUUUCACUAUAACCACUCUCUGUAUCACUAUAUGUGGAUAUUGGGUGUGUGAGAGAUUUUAUAUAUUUCUCAUCAAUGAUCUAAUUCAGGUCUUCAUACCUAGGGAAAUAGUGCCAUCUAUGGAUGAAAGUCCUAAGGGCCACAUUAAUAAUUAAAUAUUAAGAUACGCCCAUAACCAAUCAAAAGCCAGAUUUAAGUCCCAGUUACCGCCCAUUUACAAACAAGGGGCAGGAACUGAUAAGGGGGAAAUAAUGGUUAAAUAGGGAGAAAAAUAAGAGAGAGGGAUCAAUAUCUUCAGAUCAUCUUAAAAAAGAUCAAAGGAGAAAACAGAGGGCUAAGAAAGGAGGAGAUUGACUGACUAAGGGCAAUAGACUGAAUUACAGACCAGAGCACCCAGACAGAAGAAUCCCAAAUUUAAUUCAUUCAUCCUAGACUCUUGGUAAUGUAUAAAGGUUUCUCUUUACUUUAUAUUAAAUAAACGGGACUAUUGAAUGCCCUAUGUGUCUAUAUUGUGAACUGAUCCCUAUUGAUAGAACAGUUAUAUCUCAUUCUACCUGCAGCCUGAGUCAGAUAUAACUUCCUAAGUCGGAAUAUUCUUGAUUCCUUCUUUAGAAGUAUAUUGGUUCAAUAUAUAUAUAUAUAUAUAUAUAUACUAAGGCUAUCAGAAACCUUAUAUAAACGUACUGUAGUUAAACUGAUGGCAUAACUUGGCAGGGUUGGUUGAUAUUUCACUAAUUAAUCAAAUGACAAUUGUAUCAUUAAUGCAAGGGGUGUCAUAUGAUUAAUUCUGUAUACUGGUAUUGCUGUGAAGUUUGUAAUAGAUUUUAUUGUCCUUUGCUGAUAAGAUUAUAGAUGAGACAAAGUGUAAUGUUGAUUCUUAGGCUUGUCAAGUAAACUAAUUGACUUGUUGAUAUACACUCAUAUAUAAUACAGCAAAUUGAUUAUAAUUGUAUUGUUUUGUUGCUUUUCAUUUUAUAGUGUGUAUUAUUAAACUUAUAUAUAUUUUAAGCAAAGUCUGUUUAUUGGCCAUCUGCCGUUCAUAAGUGUUUAUAUCACCGCUUAAAACAAAGAACUACAGGGUCCCUGAACGCUCUAUGUGUGUGUGAAUAUCAUCAGAUAUUAUUCAAUCUAUGUUCCAUACAUAUAAAACCUUAGAUUACCCAACAGUGAAAAAGUUUUGAAGUUAAGUGAAAAAUUGGUGGAUGUUACCGUUAUCAAGUAUGGUGUUAUGCCCCAUGUUUCAAGCUUUAAUAAACAUCACGGCCAAGCCCAUUGAGAUAAAAUAAACGGUGUCUGUGUUUAUUGUGUGGUCUACGUUCUUUAUGCGAAUUAUUGCCUACCGGACAUAUUGAAUUUGUCAGUAAGCAUUUCCUUUACAUCCUUGAGCAUUGUUUCACUCCUGGCACCUAUGAUGAGAUCAUCUACUCCUGUUAUUAUUUUUUCACCUUCAUACUGUUUGGUGUGCAUGCUGUGGCCUGCAGAAUUCUGUUCAAACUCAUUUUCACUUAAAUGAUAAUGUAAUACUUUGAUCCAAUUCUACCUGACUGCUUCAAACUGUAUAAUGACUUGUACAACCUGAGGACUAGUGUUUCAUUCUGUUUGGAGUUGACCUCAAAACCAGGGCCGGUGCAAGGAUUUUUGUCGCCCUAGGCAAAAGAAAAAUUUGCCCUCCCCCCAUGUGACAUCACAAUGCCCCGCCCAUCUGAUCUGCCAUAUGAACUAACGCCAGUGCUGCACACAGUGUGUGUUUACAUUAAAAAGCCUGCAGGGACAAACUAUAGACACCAGAACCACUACAUUAAGCUGCAGUGGUUCUGGGGACUAUAGUGUCCCUUUAAUGUGAGGUAAAUUAGAGAUUAGUGCCACGAAUAAUAUACUAGAUUGCCUACUUACAACCAGAUGAGGAUGGUGAUCGGCUCUGGCUGCAGUCUGGCUUCACUGGUCUGGUGUAGAACAGGCUCUCUGGAGGCGGUUUGUAACUGUGGUCACAAAAAUCAAUGUCCUGGGGGAACGGGAAGCAGCUCCAUUUUUUGGGGCCCCUUACACAGCUCAAGGCCUGAGCCCCAGGGCCUGACAGUGAAUAUGCCCAUAAGGCCCACCCAUAAGUCCACCUAUAUAUUCCACCCAUGAGUUCGCACACAGGGAAUGUGUGUAGGGAUGCAUUGUGUGUUUCUGUGUAUGUAUAGUGAAGUAUUGUGUGUGUGUGUGUGUGUGUGUGAAAGAGAGAGUUUGUGGGUUAGGAUAGGGGCUGAGUCUUACCAGCCCCUUUGUGCUACUCUUUCCCCCCUUCCUCAGCCUCUCUUCUAUCUUGUCCCUUACUGCUCUCCCCUCCUGUCCCUUAGAGCUCUCCCCUCCUGUCCCUUAGUGCUCUCCCCUCCUGUCUCUUAGAGCUCUCCCUCCUGUCCCUUAGUGCUCUUCCCUCCCGUCCCUUAGUGCUCUUCCCUCCCGUCCCUUAGAGCUCUCCCCUCAUGUCUCCUAGUGCUCUCUCCUACCCCUGUCCCUUGGUGCUCCGCCCCCCCAUCCCUUAGUGCUCUCCCCUCCCCCUGUCCUUUAGAGCUCUCUUCUGCUCCUUAGUGGUCUCUCCUCUCGUACUCUGUCCUUUAGUGGUCUCUCCUCUCCCUCCCCCCCCUCAUUAGUGGUCUCUCCUCUCCCUCCCCCACCCCCCUUUAGUGGUCUCUCCUCUUCUCCCUCCUUCCAUAGUGGCUUUCCUUUGCCCUCCCACUAGUGGCCCUGCUCUCUCCUCUGCCUCCCCCCAGUGGUCUCUCCUCCCCUUUCCAUGAGUGGCUCCUUCCCUCCUUUUCCAUUAGUGGUCUCUCCUUCCCCUUUUUGUAUCUCCUCCUCCCACUCUUAGUGAUCUCUCCUGCCCCCACUCCCAUAGUUGCCUCUCCUCUCCCCACCCUUAGUAGCCUCUCCUCUCCCCACACUUGUGGUCUCUUCACCCUCCCCUAGUGGUCUCUCCUCCUCCACCCUCCCUAUCUCCCUCUCCUCUCCCCUUCCCCUAGUGGUCUCUCAUCCACCCCUCCCUGUAGUCACUCCUCACCCCCCAACCUUAGUGGUCUCUCCUCCACCCCCCUCCCUCCCUUUCUGGUCUCUCCUCACCCCUCACCCUUAGUGGUCUCUCCUCACCCCCACCCUCCCAUAGUGGUCUCUCCUCCACCCCCUCUUCUUCCCAUAGUGGUCUCUCCUACACCCCCUCUCCCUCCCUUAGUGGAUUCUCUCCCUCCCCUACGUCUUUUGUAGAGUGGCCAAGCUCCGGUCCGAUCCGCAGUACAUAGGGGCGCCCUAGGUGACUGCCUAAGUCGCCUAUAGGAUGCAUCAGACCUGCUCAAAACAUUCUGGGUGUUCUUCAUGUAUUUCACAACCUGUUGGCCCAUAUAAAAAGCUGUUCUCACAUCCAUUUGAUACAGAAGUUAUACUGUGCUGCUAGUUGCAGUAAGAUUCGUACUGAUGUAAUGCUUGCUGUUGGAGAGAAUAUUUCUUCGAAAUCAAUGCCCUACUUGAUUAUAAUCAUUAGCAACAUAUCUGGACUCAUAUAUAUUUCUGAUCCACCAAUUCUGUUCUUUACUGCCUAUGCUUGUCACUUCCCCCCACUAAAUAAAUAUUUUAUAUCUUAGUAUAUUCUCCAUGUUACUGGGGGCUCUAGAAUCUGCUAGGACAUACUGCACAUUUCUGGGGACUCUAAUACCCCAGUACAAACUAUACAUUACUGGGGGGGGGGCAAGGGGGGGGCUCUGUAUUCUCCCAGUACACAUGCACAUUACUUGGGUCUUCAUAAAUCCCCACUCUGUAAUUCCUUGGAAACACUACACGUCAGUGUCCCACACUUCUUAUUAUAUUUUUUAGUUACAGUAUAAUUCAUACUCUCAGACACCCGCCCUCCACUGACUGAGUUUGGUGUUUUACUCCACAGAAGCAUUUGAUGGGCUUGUCAACCAGUGUAGCUCCAUCAAACUAGCAACACUCAUCAAACUCAGCCAUAUUUCAGCAUGGUGAUAACUGUAAAUCACAGCAGGAUAGCCUUAAAAUGGAGGAGACAUGUAGUUGAAGUGUGUAUAUGUAUAAUAGUUAUUUUCCUAGCUUACCACGGGGUAGCUGUAUGUAUCCCUCUCCUCCUUGCAGUCUCCAGCAGCAUGCGCAUGCCAGCCUCAUCACUACAAGCGCUCUGAUUGGCUGCUUACUUCAAAGACAGCCCAUGAUGACAUCAGAGGGCUAGCCCUAGUCUGCAGCUCAUCCAGAGCAUUAUCAGGAGCAGAAAGAGGGGUCAGCUGCAUUAUUGACAGGUCAGUCAGUAGUGUGGGCCUGGAGCUUCGCCAGCCCCUAUGUUAA